GAAGGCUUUCCAUCAGCCUGGUUACCAGGCAGUGUAGUUAGCUGAUUGCCCAAAGCAACAAUCACUAGCCACACAGCCAGGUGAAAAGGUGUGCAGGAUCAUCUCCGUGGAAAUCGGGCACGUGGGAAUUCCGGAGGCACGAGGCAGCCUGACCUCCUUGCAGAGGGCUCAGCAAGGGAAAAGUGCUGAAUCCCUGUCCCAGCAGGAGACCCCAGUUGUACUGGGGGCUGCACUGGUUUGCUCACAGGACACUGGAAACCAGGAGGACAAAAUAAAGGGGGUUUUCUCCUCCCCCUUGGCAGCCCUCAGCCCCCAUCCUGACCCUGCUCCUCUCUCACAGCCCAGGGCCUCUGUUCUCACAUUUACCUCCAUUUAUUCCCCUUGAACAAAUAAAAUUGAGGACUGUGGUGGCAACUCUCUGGGGGCUCGAGCCUGAACCUGAGUGAAAAAGUCUCGAAGGCAGAAACUUUUGCUGGAGCCUCUGGAAAAUCAGCAUUCCACCCAGACAUCAACACAAUUCACACGAGCAAAGGAAACUAAGACAACCACCACGAAGUUCUGUGAGAACAUUUCCAGCCUGACUCUGCAAUUUUUUUUUCUUUCUUUUUUUUUCUUUUCUAAUUUUAGUCAAGUCUUCCCCGUUUUUACUGAAAAACCUGCAGCCUGGGGGUGGGAAGCAGGCCAGACAAGAGCAAUCUGUGAGAGGUACAGAGAGGUGCUGAGCUCUGCAAGUCUUUCCUGCAAGUCAGCAAACCCUCCUUUCCCUAUUAACAAUUCCAAAAGGCAUCCCAUCCAUUACCAUCAAUUAGUCUGCUUUCUGAAUUCUGGCUGGAGCCAGCAACAGUUCCCUGAAUCUUACAUUCUUUUUUAAUUUUUUUUUUUUUUUUUUUAAAUCAGUAACAAUAGAUGAGAGCCAGGGUUUGCAGCCAUAGAGAUGACUGAUUGAUUGCACUGAAUAAAUCACUUUGUACAACUACAAGCCUCACAUAAGUCUAAAAGAAAUUCAAAUGAAUGCACUGAGUGAAAUAAGAAUAAUGUUCAGAUUAUUAUCAGUCAUAGGUGUCACACAGUGCUCAAAUCCAGACUUCAGGCUUGAUCCAGAUGUGCUGUUCCUGCACCCCUGGAAGCUCUGUUGUCUCCACAGUGGUGCAGGGACAGGGGAUUAUCCAACAAAUUCCCUAAGCAAGGAGGAUCCUGUAGGCUGUGGGACACUGAAAGUCCAGCCCAGACAGCAGGAAGCAAAAAGUGUACGAGGUAAAUGAAGUUUAGGCCAGCUAAAUAUAGUUAUUGGACAAUUUUCAACCCCAAAACCACAAGGAGAAGAGAUGGUGUCUGAAUUUCUCAGUUCCAUGUGCCAAAGGGAUCUUCACAGCCUGGCCACUCUUGGUUGUUUGAUUUUUUCAUGGCUGUCUCGAGGUUUUUAUCCCCUGAAAACACCAAAACUCAGUUUAUAACAAAGUUAUGAGACUGGCUGCUCUGCUCCCUAAAAAGCUCUCAGAAACUUAAUUUGAGCAAUCAAAGGAAGAACUCCAUGUAGGGAUUUUUAUUAUUAUCAGUAUUGAAUUCAAGAUUUACUGACAUACAGUGGUUUUCCUUGGCCUGGCCGGAUGUUUAUCAGGAGAAUAAAAUCCAGGAGUAAGAGGGUUGAAUUAAAUUAAUGCUCUUCUUUCCUUCUGCUGUAACUCCCAAGAUACAAAGCAGCGAUAAAUGAGUUGAAGGUUAAACAUCUGUUCUUCUGAAGAACUAUAUAUCUGAAUUAAUACAAUUUCAUUGCUCAAUUGUAGAGAGCAGAACUGAAAUUUUAAAGCUGAUGAGUGCAGUGAUUUGAGAAAUAACUUGGAAAACAAGAUUUCAAAGGACCCUUUCAGAAAUGACGUAUUCAUUUUAGACAUAAAAGCCUCCUUUCUUCUUCCUUCUUAUUUAAGCUUUUAAGUUGGUUCAUAUGAAGUACCUCCUCUUCUCAAAGUUUAUUAAAAUGCUGAACCCAGACUAUCUGCUCUGCCCAAAUUCUGUGCAUUUAAAGCUGGGUCUGCUUUUUAUUUCCCUCGGUCUAAAUAGUCAGGUCCUAUCUGGGGGAGGGGGGAAAGAUGUUCUGGAUAUUAUUGUCAUUAUUAUUGCAAUGACUACUCAGUUUUAUCCUAUACUAAUAUAUAUUAAGAUAUGGACAUUAAAAGGCUGAAAGCCUGCUGCUUUUGUUCUGUACUUUACUUUCUAUAUAUUUUCCAUUUUUUUCUAAAUAUUAAGAGAAGGAGGUGGAAGCUUCGACAUUUUCCUUAAUCUUGCUUUAAUUCAGGUUGGAAUUCUGAAAGUCAGGGAGAAGACCAGUUGACAAAGUGUUUCCAUAUUUCUGAAAGGGCCAGGAAAUGUCACAAAGGCUGUUCCUGUUUCACAGACACGACCCAGGCUGCAAAGCCAUGGCCUGAGCUCAGCUCCAACACUGAGAUCCCUGAUUUCUGGUGACCUGGAGUGGGCUGUGCUCGUGGUACUUUAAAGGAUUUUCCUCUAUUUAAAAUACUGAUUUCAGAAGGAGCUUCUCUAACUGAGCUCCCAAGAGCGGGUCUAGGUUUGAAAUACAUAAAAACCAUUAAUCUCUUAUUUUAAAGAAAGCACCGAUCCCGGUGCUCUGUCCUGCAAAAACCCCCUUGGAGCCCGAGCCAGAAAAUCCGUGGAUGGAGAACGCUGCAGGAAACAGGUGCGGAGCAGCUUCCCGGCCACCAGGAAACGGGCUGGGGGGGUCGGCAAUGUUCGAAGCAGAGCCCCCGUGCUCUGUGCCCGCUCCCGGAGCGCUUUCCCGAGGGCAGCCGCGCAUCCUCAGCCCGGGGAGGAUGCGCCCCUGGCUGGGUCUGGCUCUGCCUGCGGGGGCGGCUCCCCACGCCCCGGGGGGAGUGUGGGACAGGUAUAAAACCGGGCGGGGGAACACGCGGAGGGAUGAAGAGUUUGGAGCGGGGAAGGAGGUGGAGCGGAGAGAGGAGCGGAGAGAGGAGCGGAGAGAGGAGCGGAGAGAGGAGCGGAGAGAGGAGGCGCAUCCCGAGCCCGGGCGGUGCCGCUUCCCGAGCGCAGGGGCUGAGCCGAGCCCGCUGGCCCGGAGCCCGAGAAGGGGAGGGAAGGAGGGAAGGAGGGAAGGAGGAGGUGCCGGUGCCGGCUCCCUCCCGUCCCCUCGGGCCGCGGAUCCGGGGCGAUGCUCGCGGCCGCGGCGCUGUGCGCGGCCGCGCUGGGCUGCGCGGCGGGGGCGCGGCUGCUCAGCGCAGUGGACAUAUCCCUCAGAAGAGGACAGACAGUUUGCCGCCGCGGGACGCAGAAACCCUGCUACAAAAUCGUGUAUUUCCACGAUGCCUCCCGCAGAACCAGCUACGAGGAGGCUCAGCUGGCCUGCCAGGCUGACGGGGGACACCUGGUGAGCAUCGAGAGUGCAGCAGAGCAGAGACUCAUCGAAACCUUCGUCAGGAGCCUCCUGGCUUCCGAUGGGGAUUUCUGGAUUGGGCUCCGGAGGAAAAAGGAGGAGGAGGAGGAGAACAAUAGUACAGAGUGCCAGAACUUCUACUCCUGGUCGGAUGGCAGCUCAGCCAAGUUCAGGAACUGGUACGUGGAUGAGCCAUCCUGUGGGAGUGAGAUCUGCGUUGUGAUGUACCACCAGCCAUCUGCCCCGCCAGGUGUCGGGGGGCCUUACAUGUUUCAGUGGAACGACGACAGAUGCAACAUGAAAAAUAACUUCAUUUGCAAAUAUUCCCUCGAGAAGCCAACAAAUGCUCCAAUAGAGAAUCCUCAGAGAGAUGUUGCCACGGAGCCCUCGAGCCCAGUGCUGCCAGGAGAACCCCGGAGGAGAGGUGUUAAUGUGACAGCUGUGGGAGCCAGAGAACCUGUUCAGAGUCUUGCCUACAUCCUUAUUCCCGGCAUUCCUGUGCUGCUGCUCCUGGUGGUCAUUACAGGCAUCUCCUGUUUUUGGCUUUUUGUGAAGAGGAGGGAGGAGCGGAUGGACAGAAGCCCCAAGGAGGAGGAUACCUGGCUGUCCAACAGCCCCAGCCUGGACAUCUACAAAGUCAUCACCAAGCAGUCGGAGGCAGACCUGGCUGGGACCAGGCCUGGCACCAAGAAUUCCUCCUUCCGGGCCCGGGAGCACUCGGAGCUGGGCAGGGACAGGCAGGAGGCAGCGCCCAAACCCCCCAGCAGUGGCUUUGGGACCGAGAGUGGCUUUGUCACCAACGACAUCUACGAGCUCUGUGGGGACCGUGUGGGCAGGAGCCAGGAGUCCACCUGGGUGGACAAUGAGAUUUAUGGAUAUUGAGCAAACGGACAGAAAAAAAAACCCUGGAACUCAGAUGACAAGGUGGAUGCUGAGACGAGUUUACCUGCCCUGUCCAUGCACUUGUUUUAAUAACAGUUACACAUGGUGUUUAUCCUGGGUUUGCAUUUCCCCAUAUUC